GCGCGCGUGAGAGGAGAAACGGAGGGGAAGAGAUGGAGGGAUGACAUGAAACGAUACAGAAAGAGGAGCACCUUCUUUCAUGUCUCACCUGGAAUCAUUUCUGGAUUUUUUUUCUCUGCAGGGCGGCGAUUUUUUUAGAAGAGCGGGGGGGCCGUGACUGGCAUCAUCAAUACCUCUGACACACUCGAACACACACACACACACACACACACACACACACACACACACACACACAAAGAUAGAUGUGUGUGUUCUGUGAGAAAAAGGUGAGAGCAGCGCUCACAGUCCCACGCAGGCGCAGAGCGGACAGGAGGAUCUGAGUGUUUUGUCGGUGCUGGUUGGGAAGUUGCGGACUGAUCGGGGUUCCUGAGUCGUGACGGUAUGGAGAGGUUCGCCCUGCGUCCUGGCAGCUGGAGGGUUUUGUUUCUGAUCAGCAGCGUGUGUUUUCAUGGAUACCUGAGCUCCCUGCCGGACUGCCCGCCCACCUGCUCCUGCUCCCCCGCAGAGAUCUUCUGUAACAAGUCGGACAGCAGCUCAAUCUUCCCGCUGCUCUCCUUUCAGGGCUCCGGGAGCUCGGCGAACAUCAGCGGGGGCAUCGAGGACCUCUUCCAGAACAUCUCCUCCAUACACAUUGAGAACUGGACGGGUCUGCAGACGUUAAGAGACAUGGACAUGGAGCUGUACACGGGUCUGCAGAGACUAACUAUUACAAGGAGUAACCUGCACACGAUACAAGCUCGAGUUUUUUCCAAGAACCCCCAACUACGCUACAUAAAUCUGUCGAAGAAUCCGAUCUCCACGCUGUCCUGGCAGAUCUUUGAACACCUGCAGCUCUCUGAACUUCACCUAGAGGAGGUGGUGUUUACCUGUGGCUGUGAGAUCCGCUGGCUGCAGCUAUGGCAACAGAGAGGGGAGGCGGGGCUUAGCAACCAGCAGUUGUACUGUGCUGAUAACAUCACGAGGAUCCCUCUGCAGGAUAUGAACAUCAGCAGCUGUGACCUGCCUGACAUCAGUGUGAGUCACAGUAACCUCACGGUGAUCGAGGGGGAUCGUGUGACGGCAAUCUGUAACGGCUCGGGAUCCCCUUUACCUGAGGUGGACUGGCCGAUUAACGGCCUGCACUCAGCACACACACAGCAGGCCAAAGUGUACGAAAACAACACAAUCCACUCCAUCAACUUCACUCUCUUCAACGUCAGCAGAGAAGACAACAACAUUCUGUUAACCUGCACAGCGACCAACGUGGUCGGUAUGACCAACGCCUCAGUACAGCUCACUGUGCACUUCCCUCCCUCCAUCGUGAAGCUCAAAGAGCCUGAACGCCGCCAUGACACCUGCAUAGAAUUCACCGUGAGGGGCUCGCCACACCCGUCGCUACGCUGGUUCUACGAGGAGCAGGAGAUCGCACACACAGAGUAUGUGCGUCCUGACAUGGAUAUCUAUCAGGACUACAUCGAGGGCUGUCUCACCUUCAAAAACCCGACUCAUCACAAUAAUGGAAACUACACUCUGGAGGCCACAAACUACCUGGGAUCAGCCAACAGCACUGUGUACGGACACUUCCUGGACCAACCAUUUGACGGUCCAGAGGCAGACUAUGAUUAUGUGACUCCAACUCCAGAGACUCACAAACCGGAAGAGGACACGUUCGGGGUGUCUCUAGCCGUGGGUCUAGCAGGUGUAGCCUGUGUGAUGUUGGUUGUUCUCUUCCUUCUUAUGAACAAAUAUGGACGACGCUCAAAGUUCGGGAUGAAGGGUCCUGUGGCAGUGAUCAGUGGCGAGGAAGACUCUGCCUCUCCUCUUCAUCACGUGAACCACGGGAUCAUCAGUCCGUGUACGCUGGACGGAGGAGCAGACGCCGUGGUCAUCGGGAUGACGAGGAUCCCCGUCAUCGAGAACCCGCAAUACUUCAGACACGGACACAACUGUAACAAACCCACAACUUAUGUUCAGCACAUAAAGCGCAGAGACAUCAUCCUGAAGAGAGAGCUGGGCGAGGGAGCUUUUGGAAAGGUGUUCCUCGCUGAGUGCUAUAACCUGAGCCCCACCAAGGACAAGAUGCUGGUGGCUGUGAAGACUCUUAAAGAUCCUACUCUAGCGGCGAGGAAAGAUUUCCAGCGCGAGGCCGAGCUGCUGACCAACCUGCAGCACGAACACAUCGUCAAGUUUUACGGAGUGUGUGUGGACGGAGACCCGCUCAUCAUGGUGUUUGAGUACAUGAAGCACGGAGACCUGAACAAGUUCCUCAGAGCCCACGGGCCGGACGCCAUGAUCCUGGUGGACGGGCAGCCUCUGCAGACAAACGGCGAGCUGGGUUUGUCUCAGAUGCUGCACAUCGCCAGUCAGAUUGCAGCAGGGAUGAUCUACCUGGCCUCUCAGCACUUUGUGCACCGAGAUCUGGCCACCAGGAACUGUCUGGUCGGGAAUGGGCUGCUGGUGAAGAUCGGAGACUUUGGGAUGUCCAGAGACAUUUACAGCACGGAUUACUACAGGGUUGGGGGUCACACCAUGCUGCCUAUCCGUUGGAUGCCUCCUGAGAGCAUCAUGUACAGAAAGUUCACCACAGAGAGCGACGUGUGGAGCUUCGGUGUCAUCCUGUGGGAGAUCUUCACAUACGGAAAGCAGCCGUGGUUCCAGCUUGCCAACAACGAGGUGAUCGAGUGUAUCACUCAGGGCCGGGUCCUGGAGCGUCCCCGUCUGUGUCCUAAAGAAGUCUACGACAUGAUGCUCGGCUGCUGGCAGAGAGAGCCUCAACAACGCCUCAACAUCAAAGACAUCCAGAAGCUGCUGCUCACUCUGAUGAAGGCCACACCUGUGUACCUGGACAUCCUGGGAUAGAGACAGACCUGAUGAAGGCCACACCUGUGUACCUGGACAUCCUGGGAUAGAGACAUACCUGAUGAAGGUCACACCUGUGUACCUGGACAUCCUGGGAUAGAGACAGACCUGAUGAAGGUCACACCUGUGUACCUGGACAUCAUGGGAUAGAGACAGACCUGAUGAAGGUCACACCUGUGUACCUGGACAUCCUGGGAUAGAGACAUACCUGAUGAAGGUCACACCUGUGUACCUGGACAUCCUGGGAUAGAGACAGACCUGAUGAAGGUCACACCUGUGUACCUGGACAUCAUGGGAUAGAGACAGACCUGAUGAAGGUCACACCUGUGUACCUGGACAUCGAUCCAAAGAAGAUAAUUAUUCUGCAGGGAAAAUCUGGCCUGGACUCAAACACACCUGGAUAACAAUUAUUGUAGUCUGCUUCAUCCUGCCUGAAAUAAUGAGUUUAAGGAUGGACAAGAUUAGCUUGUAUCUCAGGGUAAUAAAGUGACCUGAAGCUGAGUACGCUCUGGACUUGUGUGGUCCAAUCACAUCAACUCCUGACUGAACAGUGAAGUAUUGAGUUACACUGGACUGAACUGGAUUCACCUGGUUAUACUGGUCUGGUCUGACGUGGUACCAACAUGUCCUCACCUGUUCAUCUUCAUUUCAGCCUGAGAGCAGGUUCACUGUCCUGUCCCAGUCUGGCCAGGUCACCUGGUCUCUAGGCUCAAUAUUGCAUCAUUACAUUAAGCGUCAUAUGUUUACAUCCUGGUCUCUGAGUUUAGAUUUGAACAUUCAUUCCCUUGACGUCUCUUAACCCUCAAAUGUUUUAUCAUGGUCCCUCUGUAAAUCAGGUCUGGGUUAGUUCAGGUUCUGAUCCUCACCUGUCCUCUGCAGUCCUGGUUAUUACUCAUAUUCAUGUUCAGGAACUUUCUGCAUGUAGUUCUGUAGACUUCUAUAGAAAGCUUUAAAGGUGGAUGUUUGUCUAUCACUGAAACUGUCUGCACAUAUUGACUCAAUGUGUUCACACUGACUUCUUACAGUGCUGAACACAUGAAUAGACAUUUUCCUGAUGGAAUUUGAUUAUGCUGUUCGAUAUGAAGCUUUGAAUAUUUGUCUUUAUUUCAUGUCUGUCUCACCGUUCACUUCACUGUUGUUUCAUCAUAUGUGAUUGAAACUGAAGGAGGCUUUUAGUCAGCAGCUCAGCUAGCACCCCCCAAAGUCAAACUGAAGAACGCUGAAGAAACAGAGACCAUGAUGCAGCUUUAUUACUGCAUCUGUUUGGGAAUCUGUCUCUCAGUUAAACUUCUGUAGAAGAAGAACAGGGAACGAGGAUUCAGAGACUCAGCUUCUGUUCCCAGCCUGAUAUUCUCUCAGAGUCUCCUCCACUGUUUAAAUGUUUAAACUAUUUAAUGAGCUUCUUUUAGGUUCAAACACUUUCUGCUUCUGAUGCAUUUUCAUUCUAGACUUCUUUGGAUCUUUGACUAGUGAUUAUUCAAGAAAGCUUUGUUGGGAUUACUGACUCCAGCUGACUCUGGCUGUGUCUGUUCUAGUUAAGGAGUCUUCUUACAGUACUUAAGGAGUCUUCUUACAGUAUUUAAGGAGUCUUCUUACAGUACUUAAGGAGUCUUCUUACAGUACUUAAGGAGUCUUCUUACAGUAUUUAAGGAGUAUUCUUACAGUAUUUAAGGAGUCUUCUUACAGUACUUAAGGAGUCUUCUUACAGUAUUUAAGGAGUCUUCUUACAGUACUUAAGGAGUCUUCUUACAGUAUUUAAGGAGUAUUCUUACAGUACUUAAGGAGUCUUCUUUCAGUACUUAAGGAGUCUUCUUACAGUACUUAAUGAGUCUUCUUACAGUACUUAAGGAGUCUUCUUACAGUAUUUAAGGAGUAUUCUUACAGUACUUAAGGAGUCUUCUUACAGUAUUUAAGGAGUCUUCUUACAGUACUUAAGGAGUAUUCUUACAGUAUUUAAGGAGUCUUCUUACAGUACUUAAGGAGUAUUCUUACAGUACUUAAGGAGUAUUCUUACAGUAUUUAAGGAGUAUUCUUACAGUACUUAAGGAGUCUUCUUACAGUAUUUAAGGAGUCUUCUUACAGUAUUUAAGGAGUAUUCUUACAGUACUUAAGGAGUAUUCUUACAGUAUUUAAUGAGUCUUCUCACAGUACUUAAGGAGUAUUCUUACAGUAUUUAAGGAGUAUUCUUACAGUACUUAAGGAGUAUUCUUACAGUAUUUAAGGAGUCUUCUCACAGUACUUAAGGAGUAUUCUUACAGUAUUUAAGGAGUAUUCUUACAGUAUUUAAUGAGUCUUCUCACAGUACUUAAGGAGUAUUCUUACAGUAUUUAAUGAGUCUUCUCACAGUACUUAAGGAGUCUUCUUACAGUACUUAAGGAGUAUUCUUACAGUAUUUAAGGAGUCUUCUUACAGUACUUAAGGAGUAUUCUUACAGUACUUAAGGAGUAUUCUUACAGUAUUUAAGGAGUGUUUCUGCUGUUCUCUCUGGCCAUGAGCAGAAUGAUCCAAAGUUUACAGAGCGAGGCCUUUAUGCUGAUAGUGUUUGUUUAGAGACGUCACAAACAGAAACGUCCUUCUGUCGUGUCGUGCUUGUCAGCUUUCAUCCCUUCAUCAAACAUUUCUCAUCCAUACACCUUCAUCAACUCACCUGCUGCUUCUGGACCAGAUCGUCCAUCCAGAGACCGUCUAUGGCCACAGAGACCAACCCAAGUGCCUCCUUUUUCUAGAUAGCACUUUGACCUUUAGCUGCUGAUAUAUCUUCAUGCUAGCUGGACUCAGCCUUUUCUCAGCUCUGUGGUAACGGCAAAAAAAGAACAAAAACAGGAAUAAAACACUUUUGUACUCUUUUCAGCUCGAUGAGAUCUUCAAACAACCCGAGCUCAAGUUUGAGUUUUUUUUAGAAAAAUACAUGAUCUAUAUAUUUUCUAUUUAUGUUUGUUUGAACAAAGAGAGUAUCUCUGCCACGCUCCCAAACAUCUGAACAAUAAACCAACUUGUGUGGACGUACAUGAUCGUGAUCAGGUGUCAGAUAAACGAUCAAAUCAAAACAUGUGAUAUUAAACCCUUCCGAGCGACCAGCUGUACAUUCUGUAAAUCUAAACCUCUCUUACUUCCUGCUUUAGUUUCCUGUUAAACGCUUCAGACAAUUGAAUAAAGUUUGAUUACCCGUCUUUACUUUAGUCAGUGUUUUUUAUUAAUUAUUAAGAGUUUGGGGCAGAGGCUUAAAAUGAGAGAUAGACCUGCUUUAAGAUAAAAGUAUUUAUCUUAAUUAUAUAUUAAUUAGAUAUAGGUAUUUCAAUAACUUCCGUUCAUUGUUAUUUUAGAUUGAGGAUAAUGUUUGAGUCAGACAUAAAAUAUAAACGCAUGAAUGUUUAUUAAACCUGCUCGGACUUUAAGUGCUGAUCAAACAUCAGGUCACUGAUUGGAUAUAAAGAUGAACAACGACGAGGAUGCUCCAUCGGCCCCCAAAAUACCCUACAACGGUCUGACACAGCGCCUUCCUCAGACCAAACCCACCUUUACCCUCCUGCUAAAAGGUCAAAGGUCGUUCAGGUUAAACCUCCUGCUAAAAGGUCAAAGGUCGCUCAGGUUAAACCUCCUGCUAAAGGUCAAAGGUCGUUCAGGUUAAACCUCCUGCUAAAAGGUCAAAGGUCGCUCAGGUUAAACCUCCUGCUAAAGGUCAAAGGUCGUUCAGGUUAAACCUCCUGCUAAAAGGUCAAAGGUCGCUCAGGUUAAACCUCCUGCUAAAAGGUCAAAGGUCGCUCAGGUGGGUUCAGAUUCUUGUGUCAGACUGAAGCAGACUCUUCUUUAAUGACUCUUCUGUUCGCCUUCAUUACGUUUCCUUACAGUUCCUCCUCUACUCCGAUAAUCCGGAGCAGACGGAAACGCAGGAGCCUCAUUGGUCAACACAGCUGUCAAUCAUGACGUUUUAUACCGUUUUAUAUCAUCAAAUAACGAAUUAAAUCUAAACAUGUCCGAAACCCUAACCCUGUGACAUGGAUCAGAAAGAUAUCAUUAAUCUGAUUUUAUAGUUUGACCCAUCUGUUAACAUGGAGGAGGCGGGGCUUAUGACCUAUACUACAGCCGGUCAGCGGGGGGGGGGGUCUAAAUGUUUUGGCUUCACUUCCUGGGAGCUACUUUGUUGCCCAUCUGUUUACACAGACUAUGUGUGUUAGAGGAACAGUUAAACAUCUAAGGGUUUAGUUUAGUUCACCUACAAACUGCUCAAUGAGAUUAGCCUAGCUUAGCAUAAAGAUUGGAAACAGAGGGAAACAUAAAGACCUAUUCACUUUAACCCUCUAAAUAAACUCUACAGACAUAUUUUAUUUUAUCAAACUUUUCAUGAAUGACUUUUUUAAUCUCUGAGUUUAUUUUAAAACUCACUUUUUUUU